GUAGAUUCACGCCGGAACAAAGGAAAGCAAGAAAGAAGGAGCGACAAAUGCAGACCGACAAGGAAAGAAUCUACAUCGGAGUACACAUCACACGGUGGAACUGUCUGAAGAAGGACCUGUGUCUUACACAUCAUCACGAACUGGCAGGAUACCUACUUGACAGGUAUGAGAAGGACAAUCACACACAGGAGCUGGUUACAAGACACAAUAGACUCAGAAAUAAAACAGUGUCACAGCCCAACACUUCAUCUACGGAGCCAGUGUCACAGUCCAACACUUCAUCUACGGAGCCAGUGUCACAGCCCAACACUUCAUCUACGGAGCCAGUGUCACAGUCCAACACUUCAUCUACGGAGCCAGUGUCACAGCCCAACACUUCAUCUACGGAGCCAGUGUCACAGGCCAACACUUCAUCUACGGAGCCAGUGUCACAGUCCAACACUUCAUCUACGGAGCCAGUGUCACACCCCAACACUUCAUCUAUGGAGCCAGUGUUACACUCCGACACUUCAUAUAUGAACCCAGUGGCAGAUUCUAAACUAAGGCACAAUGGACAGACAGCUGGCCACGAGAAAUCAGAAAGACAGCAUGGCAAAGUCUCAAGUUCUGAGUGUAAGUCCCCAUCAAGUCUGAGUGUAAGUCUCCAUCAAGUUCUGAGUUUAAGUCUCAGUCAAGUUCUGAGUGUAAGUCUCAGUCAAGUUCUGAAUUGUAAGUCUCAAUCAAGUUCUGAGUGUAAGUUCCCAUCAAGUUCUGAGUGUAAGUUCCCAUCAAGUUCUGAGUGUAAGUUCCUAUCAAGUUCUGAGUGUAAGUCCCCAUCAAGUUCUUAUUUUUUAAAUGCAUUCUUUUCUACUCCAACAGUUGAUGAUUCAUUAUUAGCUUCUGAAGAACUCAGCAAUGAUGUCUCACUGCAGUUAGAAGUUGAUGAUGGGGCAGAGUCUAUUGAUGAUGAUGAGUCCGUUGAUGAUGAUUCCAGUACCAUUAGUGACCUUGACCCAGAAGGUGAAAUUGAUAUAAAAGAAGAACCGUACUCUGAGGAUUACACACCACAAAACUCUGGAUCCAUACCUCAUUCUGAUAGCAGCCCCGUCCACCAGAUAACAAGUAAAUGUAUUGAUUCAGGGGGAGAUAAUCUCUCCCACAUAAUUACAAAAGUGAAACAAGAACCUGUUGACAAUUAUUCUGAUUGUCUGGAUUCUGUGAUAACGAGUGAUACAAGUGAAAAAACCAGGGAGGUUCUAGAGACUAUAAAGACGGAACCAGAUAGUACGCCCAAGAGGAACACCAGUGGACCGAGGACUUCUAGUGCGAAACCAACUCCAGCAGUGCAUCCGUCAGUCCUUGCACAGAAUGUUCCUCAGAAUGCUGUGCUGUUUGCACACCGAAUUAUAAAGACAGUGAUACCUACUGCAAAUGUGGCCUCUUCAGCACUACCUCUAACAAUUAGCACAGGGACAGGGGGAAAUAAGAUGACUUUCCCAUUAAAGGUGGUGAGAGCUGGACAAUCUUUAUAUCUACAGCAGAAUUCCCUACCUCAGACACUGAUAAUGAAUCCCCAGAAUGGAACACUAGUCAGUCCACAGGAACUAACCUCCCAGACCCCUUCAUCUGUUCCGACGGCAGCCAACUUUACAGUGUUACCAAAUUUAGUUCAGCAUAGUUUCUUAUCAUCAAAACCUUUUAUUGUGUCACCAACCAAAAAUGUUCAGUUGCUCACUGGAGGGCAACAGGCAUCUACAGGAGGACAGCAAACUUCAGCACACCAUCCUACAAUAGAAGGACAACAGCCUACAAUAGGACUUCAGCAGGCUGCAGCUGGGAUGAUAUCUUCUGAAGACAAACUAAUGGAUAGAGAUCAAAAAGAGAAAGACAAAAAGUAUGCAGAGGGAAAUGUGCUUAAGAGGGCACUGAUGGAGAACUCUGAUGGGGCGAGCACCAGUAAAAGGUUUGCUGCUGAAAAAAAAACUCAAGAAGAGAACCAGUCCAUGACACUACAUAAUUAUGAUGCGACAUGUGAUGAUUAUCUUGAUGAGGGUGAGGAAGAUAUUCAGUCGGAUGCUGAUGAUUUUGAAAAUUUGAGCCACUCUGACAGCAGUGAAAUUGGAGAAAACAUUUCAAAAAUCCCAUCAAAGCCGACCACAAGCAAGCGCUCUCAAAGAGAGUUAAAUUUAUUUCUUCGACAGAAGGCAAACAGAUUCAAGAAAAGCACAGAUGAAGAAAUCAAGAGAUUAUUUGAGGCUCGUCAAACACCAGGGACCAAGAAAAACACCACCUGGGGUUGUAAAAUGAUUCAAGACUGGAGCAGAGAGAGACGAGGGGAGGAGAUCGAUUUUGAAACGAUUUCAGCAACUCAGCUCAACAAACUGCUGGAAAAAUUCUACUGCGAGGCCAGGCCUGAGAAAGAUGGCCAAGUUUACCAAAAAAAUACAUUAAAGAAUCUGAGAGCUGCCAUAAAUAGAAGACUGGGAGAUUUAAAGAGAAGUGUAGACAUUGUAAAAGACAAGGAAUUCAGAUCAUCCAAUGGAGUUUUAGUAGGCUUGCUGAAAGAACGUGCAAGGGAGGGCACAACAGUGUCCACGCAGCACAAAGAAAUUAUAGAAAAAUAUGAUCUGGAGAAAAUAUCCAUCUACUUUAAACAUGCGCUGCUUAACCCAGUCAUUCUUAGACAGUGUGUCUACUUUCAUCUUGCCAUCCAUUUCAUAUGUAAAGCUUCCCAGUUCCAUAAAGAGCUGAAGUUGGAUUCCUUCACAUUCCAUGCUGAUGACACUGGUGAAUAUGUAAAUCAUGAAAUUCGACAAAAAGGUGUUAGAAAUGCAGAAGUAACCAUAGAAAGGCGUAUGUACGCAACACAUAAAGAUACAUGUCCUGUAAAAAUGUUAAAAUUACUUAUUGAUAAAACAGACAACUGUGCCUCUGCACUUUUUAAUAAUUACAGAAAAGAUGCUGUGUGUCUACCGAGGAGCACUAGUAAAUGGUACAAGGAUGCCCCCCUGACGCGAAGAACUAUUACUGACUUUAUGAAAGACAUCAGUAAGGGUGCAGACCUUUCUCGUAUUUAUUCAGGACAAUGUUUAAGGGCAACUGCCAUUCAGCAUCUUACUGAUGAAGGUUUUAAUGAGGAAGACAUAAUGUCUAUGACUGGCUAUAAAAAUGGAAAAUCUCUGAAGUCCAACAGUAGGAAGCUUUCCUCGUCACAGAAGAAAAACCUUAGCUGCUCUUUAUCUAACAUUAUGAACCCAUUAACCAAAUGAAUAAAAAAUAUAUUUGAAUUCUCUCAGUCACGUGAUCGGCCACAUGAAGCUGGAUGUACUGAUUUUUAAAGCUAUCAUGCUGCCAUGCUUCUACAACAGGUCUAGCUACGGCAAGUGAAAUCCUUAACUCCGCAGAUACCAGUAUUCUUUCUUGUCCAUUUCUAUCAUGAAACAAUGCAAUCCAAAUCACAGACUUUAUAAUAACAUUAUUCCAACAUGUGUUCAAGGGACUUGGUUGAAAAAAAAAUUCUUUAUUGUUCAACUUAUAU